UUGAGGGCGGGGUGUCCACUCGCUGUUUACGACACUGUAAUCUGCUGUGGUUCAGGCAGGAUCUGCGAGAAGUGGCAGAGAUGGCGAGGCUGGUCGCGGUUUGCAGGGACGGAGAGGAGGAAUUUCCCUUCGAUACCAGGCAAAUUCCCUUGUAUAUCGACGACACGCUGACGAUGGUGAUGGAGUUCUCCGACAAUAUGCUGCAACUUGAUAAACAGCAGAGUGACACCUUGCAGCUUAAGCAGUUUGUCCAGCGCCACGGCAUGCUGAGCGAGCAAGAGCUGAGUAUUGCCAUGAUGGUAACCUCACGAGAAGUUUUCAAUGCACUUUCCCAGCUUGUCCCAUGUGUUGGUUGUCGAAGGAGUGUGGAACGCCUUUUCACUCAGCUUGUGGAGUCUGGAAACCCUGCUCUGGACCCUCUCUCAGUGGGUGCAAAGGGUGUGCUAACUCUUUCACACAGUUGUAUGACUGAUGCCACAAAGCUGUACUCGCUGUUUUAUGUGCGGGGGACUAAACUGAGCAAUAUGAUUGAAGCGAUUCCAAAAAGCAAGAAGAAUAAAAGAUGUCAGCUUCAUUCACUAGAUACACACAAGCCAAAGCCGUUGGGGAAACCUCUAGAAACGGGAAACUGGAUGGAUAUUUGGGAAGUCAUGUCCCAGGAAUGUCGUGAUGAAGUGGUUUUAAUUGAUUCAAGCUGUCUUUUGGAAACUUUGGAAAAUUACCUACGGAAACACAGGUUUUGCACAGAUUGCAAGAAUAAAGUACUCAGAGCAUACAACAUUUUAAUUGGAGAACUGGACUGUAGUAAAGAAAAGGGCUAUUGUGCUGCACUGUACGAGGGUCUUCGGUGUUGCCCACAUGAACGACACAUUCAUGUCUGCUGUGAGACGGACUUCAUUGCUCAUCUCCUGGGUAGAGCUGAGCCAGAAUUCGCCGGAGGAUAUGAACGAAGGGAAAGGCAUGCUAAAACAAUAGACAUUGCACAAGAAGAAGUCUUGACGUGCCUGGGAAUUCAUCUCUAUGAGCGUUUGCAUCGCAUCUGGCAGAAAUUAAGAGCUGAGGAGCAGACCUGGCAAAUGCUGUUUUACCUUGGUGUUGAUGCCUUACGCAAAAGUUUUGAGAUGACCGUUGAAAAAGUGCAAGGCAUUAGCCGGCUAGAACAGCUGUGUGAAGAGUUUUUGGAAGAGGAGAGGGUUCAUGAGCUUAAGCAAGAAAAGAAGCGGCAGAAGAAGAAAAAUAGGAGAAAAAACAAAUGUGCAUGUGAUAUGCCAUCAUCGCCAGAAAGUAUGGAGACAAUCACAAGUCAGGAAAAGGAGACACCAGGCUUUGCAGAUAUGGGCUGCAAGUCUUGCAAUAGUGUGGAAGACGGCAGCUGUGUAGAAGUGGUAAUAACACAUGAAAACUCCUCAUGCACUUGUCCGAAUGGUGGGGAUCUGCUGGCGUCUUCAAAAAUGAAAAAGGGCUUAGCACCACGUUCCAAUGGCAGUGAUUGUGGGUAUUCAUCUAGCAUGGAAGGUAGUGAACCAGGAUCUCGGGAAGGGUCAGAUGUGGCUUGCACUGAAGGAAUUUGCAACCAUGAUGAAGCAGGUGAGGAUUCAUGUGUCAAUUGUGACAAGGAAGAAGAAGAUGGUGAUAGCUGUGUGGAAUGUUGGGCCAAUUCAGCAGAGGAUAGUUUGAAAGGAAAAAAUAAAAAGAAGAAAAAGAAAUGCAAACCAUUUAAAUGCGAAAAAGAUAAUCAUGCAGCCUGUGCAUCAGAAACGGCAAGCAACAUACACAACGACCAGUCCAAAGAUGGCAAAGCUGACAGCUGCUGUUCUUCCACUAAAAUCAAUGGACAGUCCUGCAUAGAUCACCGGAGUGAAUUAUUAAAAUGCACAGUGUUAGGACAGCCAUCAGAAAAUUUGGAAGGGGGAAGAGAAACAAAAACCUUAAAAGAACUUCUGGAUGAAUCGGAAUGCACUUCAGAAGGGGAAGAUGGCCUAUCACAAGAUGAAAUCCAGGCCUUUAUGGCAAACAACCAGUCCUUCUACAGCAAUCGGGAGCAGUUUAGACAGUAUCUGAAGGAAAAGUUUACUAAGUACUGUCUCCUACAUGAUCACCAGAAUCCUGUUUGUAGUAGCUGGUUGGCAACAGCUGGAGCAAAUUAAACACAAUAAACAAAUUUAUGACUUUCAUUGAAAUAAUCAGAAUGAUUACCGCACUGUUUUCUGUCUUACAAAAUUUUCUGAUUUGGUCUCUUGAAUUUUUACCAGAUUUUCUUUUUCCUUAAUUUUAUUUUCCCAAGGGAAGAGGUUCAAAGCACAUUUUGUUGAUUUCUGGGUUAUAAUUUCUUAAGAUGAGAGUAACACCCUGCACCUUUUUUCCCUUUUUCUGCUUUUCGAUUGUGUCAACGUUAUACACGUACACGUGCACACAACCUUUAGCGUUAAAUGUUGUAAUUAUAAUUUUGUACAAAAUGGUAACAAACCAAAUAUAGAAUUUACCAAUUUAGACAUCCACUUGCUAAAUGUUUUGGAUGUGAUAAUGUAAAAGCGCAAUGUGCAGAAUUGAAAAUAAAAAAUAUUUAUUAAUA